AUGGAGCUGGUGACAAAAGCUGCAGAAAGUGAAAAGGGAUAUGCAUAUGCUAAGAAUUGUUUCUUAGAGAUGGAAGAAAAGAUUGAUACAUGUGUGGGAAAGGGGAAACAAGUUGAAGAAGCUAAUCGGGUAAUGCCCAUAGUUAAGGAUGUAGCUGAAAGUAUAAGUGCGGCUCCAAGUGAAAUUGAGUUUGAACUUGAUGAAAACAAAAUAAAAGGAUUGAAACCAAAAGCAAGAAUUACAUACCAAACUAGUAAGAGACCAAAGAAUGCAUUGGAGCGUGUUGCGACGAAGUGCAGAAGCAAGGCAAAGAAAAAGGAUACAGUCGUGGAAACACUACAGAUUUUUGAACCAAAUGAACUCCACUUUCCCGAAGUUAUGUUAUGUGAUUCAAGCAAAAGAACGUCUCAUUUACAACAUUUUCCACAAGUCAUGUUUGGUCAUUUAAGCCAAGAGUAUCAACAUGAUCAUCAUGUUUCUCCAGCUUUGUUGAGUUAUGGAAGAGGGAAACAACCACAAUUCAAUUAUGCAAGUGUUAAGGAGAACACUGAUUUGGAGUCCGCAACCAAGGACCUAAAAACAGCGAAUAGAAUCGGAAUCCGCAAGGGCUCCGCACAAUACAUAUGCAUAGCGGAUGGGCCACAAUACCACAAGCUUGUCGGAUUUUCCAAUCAUCAGAAAACCAUUCCUUGUGAAUCUGGUUCAGGUUCCAGCCAAAUUUACAAAAGAAACCAAGCGCCCCUUCCCCAGAAAUCUAGAGGAGGUUCCAAAUCUGAGGCUGAAUUUCUUUUCUGCUCAAGAGGCGGAAUUCUAAAUCCUGCAUGGACAUCAUCAUCAAAGGGGACGGCAUCAUAG